CCAUUCCUGUGAGUUGUGGAGAUAAAUUUUUUUACAAAUUACUUAAUAGCAUCUUGGGAAAUUUUAACUAAUACAUAAAUUAGAAUAUGCAAGGACUUAAAGUUUUGUUUAGGCCCCGUGCCCAAUGGUGCAGUGCCCACAGAGUGUUAUUAGCCCAAAGUUUUCAAACCACUAGUCGCGUACCACAGUUAUCUGUUCCCCAACCAGAAGGUGAAGAAAAAGUAGUAUCUCCAAAACUGGAGAAGCUUGUUGGGGACAUUGCACAAUUGAAUUUACUUGAGGUUUCAGAGCUAACUACUUUAUUGAAAAAGAGAUUAAAUCUACCUGAUGCACCUAUGAUGCCAAUGGGAGGUUUUGCUCCCGCUGCCAGUCAAGCUGAGGAUGAAGAAGAAGUUGUUCAACAAAAAGUACAGACAUCUUUUACGGUCAAACUAAUGAAGUUUGAUGAAAAACAAAAAGUAGCACUUAUUAAAGAAAUAAAAACGCUAUUGGAGGGAAUGAAUUUAGUUCAAGCUAAGAAAUUUGUUGAAAGUGCACCUACAGUUGUAAAAUCAGAUAUUGGCAAAGAUGAGGCAGAAAAACUAAAAGAAGCCUUGUCAAAAGUUGGUGCAGUUGUAGAGAUUGAAUAAGAUUAUUUUUAAAUUAAUUGUAGAGUUUUAAUGAAAUAUAAAUAAAUAUUUAUAAUAAAGCAUCAGUGGCAUA